GACCAGGAUGUACCCCAAUAUGGAACUAGAAUUUGAAGUCUCACCUGAAUCAGCUCCACUCCUGAUGUUCACCCCUGGAAAUGUGACCUUCAUGCCAGUGAUGAAUGCCUGGCUCUUUGUCCUCCUGCCCAACUCCUCUGAGCGUGAACCAGUCUGCCAGUUUAGGGUGAGCACCAACAUCUCCGCCACCAUCACCAUCAAUGCCUACAGGGUUUUUGGCUCAGUGUCCACCGUAAGGUAAGAGGCCAUGAGAGGAGGCCAGUGGGUGUUCAGAGCAUCCAAUGUAGUUUACUGGAUGGGGCUGGGAUUGACCUGACCUGUGGAACCAGA